AUGGCGCCGAAGCGUAUCAAUCGGCCACAGGCAGAGUCCGUCUUCAGCAAGGCACUGACUGCCGCUCGUAACCCAGAGAACUUGUCGCUCGUCUUUUCAGCAGGCGUCUUUGCCGGAGCCGUUGCGUUUUUGCAAUCACAAUGGGGAGAAUACCUUGUACCUCAGUUCUGA